AUGAAGUGUUUUUUCUGGACUGAUUCGAUGAUCGUCCUCCAGUGGAUUUCAGCUGCCCCAUCCCGCUGGAAAACGUUUAUGGCAAACCGAGUGUCCGAAAUACAACACCUGACGGAAGGCGGACUGUGGAAUCAUGUGCCUGGAAUCGAGAAUCCGGAAGACAUCAUCUCCCGCGGAAUGCUGCCCGCGGAACUCAGAGAUUGCGCAGCAUGGUGGAAUGGUCCACCGUGGCUCAGUCAACCAAACAGAUUCUGGCCUGCUCUUGUCCGUCCAGCAUUCGAGAACUUCGAAGCAGAACAACUCGAGGAAAGAGCAAUUGUCCUACCAAUCCAAGUCCACGAGCCAAACCCUAUCUUCAGUCUUCGGUCUUCGUAUACCGGCCUAGUCUCGGUGGUGGCAUAUCUCCUGAGAUUUUGCCACAAUUGCAAGCAACGAAAUCCCUCAAAUCGACGAACCGGUUUUCUGAAGACUACUGAGUACAAGGACGCGCUCAUGCGUUUGGUUCGUUUAGCCCAACAAGAGUCGCUGACCGAAGAUGUCAAAGCCGUCGAUGCCACAGGAGAAGUCAAGCCCAACUCCAAGCUAAAAUCCCUAGCACCAAUCUUGGAAGGCGGAAUCCUGAAGGUUGGUGGCCGUCUUCGCAACGCUCCGGUGACGGAAACACGCAAACACCCGAUGAUCCUGUCUCCGAGCCACCCCUUCACCAAAAUCGUAGUCACCUACUAUCACCAGAAGCUUCUUCACGCCGGUCCGCAAUUGUUAAUCGCCCACUUGCGGGAGCAGUUUUGGCCACUAAGAGUACGCAACCUGGCGCGGAAAGUGGUUCAAGACUGUAUCAGAUGCUAUCGCUGCAAACCGACCGUCCAGGAGCAGUUAAUGGGAGAUCUUCCUAGCGAACGGGUGACUCCCACCUACCCGUUCCUGAAAACCGGCGUAGAUCUUUGCGGACCGCUAUUCUACCGUCAUCAUGGCCGCAAGUCUCCUCCGGUAAAAUGCUAUGUCGCCAUCUUCGUGUGUCUCGUCACCAAGGCGGUACAUAUUGAAUUAGUGGCGGAUCUAACAACGGACGCGUUUAUUUCUGCUCUGAAACGGUUCAUUGCCCGUCGCUCUAAACCCGCAGUCAUCGAAUGCGACAAUGCGAAAAACUUCCAAGGAGCAUCACGUGCGCUAGCCGAGCUUCUAGCGCAAUUCCGGUCGCAGCAGCACCAGCACUCCGUUGGUUCCUUCUGCGUAGAAGAAGGGAUCGAGUUCAAGUUUAUACCGCCUCGAUCACCCAACUUCGGUGGCCUCUGGGAGGCCGCCGUAAAGUCGUUUAAAAAGCACCUGAAAUCGACUAUCGGAACAAUUGUUUUGUACAAGGACGACCUCGAGACGCUGCUCGUCCAGAUUGAGAGCUGCCUGAACUCCAGGCCGCUUACCCAGUUGUCUACUGACCCCGAGGACCUGGAGGUCCUUACACCCGGCCACUUUUUGGUCCACCGUCCCUUGGUCGCUGCCGCCGAACCAUCGUAUGAAGAAAUCCCACAGAAUCGCCUAAACCGUUACCAGAUGACGCAGGAAUUUGUUCGCCGAAUUUGGAAGCGCUGGAGCACAGAUUACCUUUCCGGACUGCACCCGCGCACCAAAUGGACCCGCCAGCGGGAUAAUCUUGCUGUCGGAACCUUAGUACUCCUGAAGGACGAAAAACUGCCGCCACUCCGGUGGUGUCUCGGCCGUGUUACCCGACUUUUCUAUGGCGACGACGGGAAUGUUCGCGUCGUUUCCGUGCGGACGAAGGAUGGAGAAUUCAACCGGGCAAUCAGCAAGGUUUGCGUUCUGCCCAUCCAGCAAUCAGCCAGAGCUGAUGAAGACGUGGUCCUCGCCGACAUGUAA